CCCGAAGGCCCCUCCCCGCCCUAGCUCUGCUCCCGGGGGGUGCAAGUCCCAUAGCUGCUGCCCCCCACCCCCGGACCCUCCUGGGCUCUGCCCCCCUGCGCCUGCAGGAGCCGAGCCGGCCCCGGGAGAGCGACCGCCCCGAGCCGGGCCAGGGCCCGAGUCUCCCAGCCCGAGGGGGCAGGAGGGAGCCAGGGGCAGCAGGAGCAAUGGGGGGAGGGAGGUUCCCGGCUCCCAGCCCCAUUCCCUGCAGCCCCCCGCCCCGGGGCAGUGACUGUCCUGGGGAGAAGGGGAGGGGCAGGGAGAGAAAAAGCUAGUUCGUGCCUCCGCCUGGUCCCCGCGCUGCUCGGGGGACGCGCUGCCCUGGGGACAGGGUCAGGGGGGUCCCCCAAAGAGGCAUCUUUGAUUAUGCUCUUUGGCUGCACAAUUUCAUUCUAAAGGGACCUUUUCAGUUACUUACAAACUGCUGAAAGUCACUAGAUGCACCUUUGGUCUGAGCCAGUCUGGCAGCAGUCCCUAUGUUCAUCUUUAGGAUAGAAAGUCUCUGUCCAGAGUGAAUUUGUAAUGGAAACAGAUUAAAAAGCACCACUUAGCCUCAUUUUGAGCAAGGGGAAAAUGACCCUUUUACCAUUAUUUUUAAAAAGUGUUAUCAACUUUUGGACUAAUUGGGUAGCAGAAGGAUUUAGGCUGGUAACUUUAUGUUUGAUGCAGAGAGAAUUCCUAGGUCAGACAUGCUUGUCUCUCAGCUCCGGUUAAAAAUGACCUGUGAUGUGUGUGUUUUCUGAGGGCUCAAUAGCUCUCCAUUCUUCACACACACUGAUUUCUUUUUCCAUUUGGUAAGUUUUGUUUAUUAACUUAGGAUCUGAUUUUGCCAACACUUCCACACAUGCUUGUCUUUAGCCAUCUGAGCGGCAUUACUGAGUUUAUUAAAUCUCUGUUACUGACCAGAUUUAAAAAUGUCUCACAGAUUUACCCCCAGUGGCAGGGCAGAGUCUGUGCUAUAAUCAAAUGACCAAGGCCAGGAAUUUUAAUUACAGGACCCUAAAAGUACAUUUCCAAAUCCAUAUUCAGGCAGCGGAAUAAGUGGCCUGGUAUCAAUAGCUCUGGACACUCAGAACUGAACCCCAGUGUUGCAGGCUCAACGUUUUUGAAACUCAGGCCACUUAUUGAGAUAACUGAAUGUUGGGCCCUAACUUCAUGUUGCUCAUUUGUUUGCUUGAGCCCCAAGUAGGAAUUCCCAUUUCCAGACCUGACAUGAUCUCCUGGCUGGAGUGAAGGGAGGAGCUGUGGGUCCCCAGUCUCCACGGAGAGGGGGAAAGAGAGAUAGUGAGAUGUGCCUGCAGAGCACAGGGUGUGACUCUGAACUGGAUUAUCUCUCUGUCUCUGGGACGGUGAGUGAGACCAAGGAGGAGAAUCCUCAGCUGGGAGUCUUGGAGCAGGGGGAACCACACAGGACAGUUUGGGGAGAUCCUAGGAGACUCAGCCCAGGCCAUACGGGCACCCGGGAAAAGAGCCAGGGCAGAGACAGCGUGAAUCAGCUCACCGGAGCAGAGGGGUUGGAAAAAUCAAAGAAACUGCCCAGCAGAGAAUCCCCCUGGAGACAGACCCAGUAUGUUUGGUGACUGUGGGAACAGCUUCCCUGGGAGUUCAGCCCAUAUUACUCCGCAGACAAUCCACAUGGGAGAAAAACGCUAUAGAUGUGCUGAGUGUGGGAAAAGCUUUUCUCAGAGUACUACUCUCAUUAACCAUCAGAGACUCCACACAGGAGAGAAGCCCUAUAUGUGCCCCACAUGUGGGAUCAGCUUUGUUCAGCUCUCACAAGUUGUUAGACACCAGAGAAUCCACACGGGAGAAAAGCCCUAUACAUGCCUGACCUGUGGGAAAAGCUUCAGUGAUAAAUCACAUUUCAAUGAACACCAGAAGAUCCACACAGGAGAAAAACCCUAUACAUGUCUGACCUGUGGGAAAAGCUUCCGAUACAGUUCAGCUCUUACUACACAUCAGAGAAAACACACUGGAGAGAAACCUUAUAAAUGUCCCGAGUGCCAAAAAUCCUUCAGUGACAGUUCAAUCUUUAGCAGGCAUCGGAGGGUACACACAAGAGAGAAGCCCUUCAAAUGCUGUGAUUGUGGGAAAAGCUUUGGGGAGAGCUCAGACCUUCUUGUACAUCAGAGAGUACACACGGGAGAGAAACCCUAUAAAUGCCUUGAGUGUGGGACAAGUUUCAGGGUACCGUCAGCACUUAUUGUACAUCAGAGAGUACACACGGGAGAGAGGCCCUAUAAGUGCCUGACCUGUGGGAAAACAUACCGGUGUAGCUCUCACCUUACUAAACAUCAGAGAAUCCACACAGGCAAGCAAUCCUUGAAGUGCCCUGAAUAGGGAAGGGCCAAGUGAAUAACGUCUUUGCCAGUUCCCAAGAACCUCAGAGCGUCAGGCCAGGCUGGAGUGGCCGUGUAAUGGGGAUAUGCAAUGGAUAUAAAGCAGAGAAUAAAAUCCCAUUCCUGGAACAGAGUCAUGCAGAGCAGGAGGCUGGGAUAAGAUUCCCACAUUGUGAUGGGAUUUGAUUAUGAUUUUUCAAGACUCUCUGAAUGUCCUCUGAUGAACUCCUACAUUUAAGUUAAUUCCCCACAGGAGAGUUGGCAACCGUACCAGAGUGCUGGGCAAUUCCCUGAGCUGAGCUCUCCUACAGAGAGCUUAUCACAGACUCUGAGUGUUUCUAUAGCUGGGCGUGUCCCUACCUGUGUGGCUGGAAAGAGGGCUUUGAGAGCCUGACCCAGCAGCACAGAGUGUGGGGGGGGCAGGCUAGGGGGACAGGCACACUCAGUGGGACCCCAACACAUCCAGUGGCACCCUGGGAAUGGGGGCCCAACCCGUCAGAGCACUGCACACACUUCUCCCCCAGGAAAGGAAAAGAGAACAAACAGGCUGCUUAUUACACCAUGGAUAUGUAGGGGUGCUCACGUACUGUGGGGAUGAGCAUGGUAUAAGCACCCACACAGAAUAGAGUUUAUCUUAUGCUCUGUAACCUCUCAUUUCUACUUGAUAGUAUAUUGUUUAAUAAAAUGGAUACAUUCAGGAGCAAUAAUGGUCUCCAUGAGGUUUGAAAUGCAAUGUCCUGACCUUGGCCUUGGGAUGAUGGUUUAUUUGUGAUGUUCCUGCUGUGCAGGAGGAGGAAUAACAUGGGUCUGAGUUUCUUAUAUUCAUUCAUCA